AUGUUGUGCGCAAUCUCUGGUGAAGCGCCGCAGGUCCCCGUCGCGUCCAAGAAAAGCGGAAACGUCUUUGAGAAGCGCCUGAUUGACGCAUACAUUGCUGAGCAUGGCACCGACCCCGUCAAUGGCGAGGAGCUCACUGUAGAUGAUCUGGUCGAGCUCAAAACCCAGCGCGUCGUCCGCCCGCGUCCGCCAACUCUUACUUCGAUUCCCUCGCUCCUCGCUGCCUUUCAGAACGAAUGGGAUGCCGUUGCCCUCGAGACAUACCAGCUGAAGCAACAGCUUGCGCAAACUCGGCAGGAGCUCAGCACGGCCCUCUACCAACACGAUGCUGCCGUGAGGGUCAUCGCGCGGCUAACGCGCGAGAGAGACGAGGCUCGCAACGCGCUCUCCCGCAUCAGCGUGAGUGCUGGUGGCGGAGAUGCCAUGCAGGUGGAUAGCGCUAGUCUCCCUGAUGCGGUCGUGGCGAAGAUUGAUGAGACACAUCAGCAGCUGUCCGCAACGCGGAGAAAGCGCCCUAUUCCCGAGGGCUGGGCUACGCCGGAGACGGUCCAAUCGUUUGACACCACGCACGAGACGGAGUCCCUAUAUCCCGGCGGCAAGGCGCUCGCUCUCGACAAGAGCGGCGACCUCGCGCUUACUGGAGGAAAGGACGGCAGUGCCAGCGUUUUCUCUCUUUCGCAAAAGCAGGUGGUUCAGGCACUGAAGGCCGGCGGAAGCGUCACAGCGGGUGCCUGGUACAAUGACAAGCCAGUUAUUGCCACAUCGACGGGCGCAGUCAAGGUGUUUGAGAACGGUGCGGAGGUGGCUCAGAUUGGCUCCCAUGCAGGAGCGGCAACAUCGCUUUCGAUCCAUCCAUGCGGCGACAUCCUUGCUUCGACCGGUGUGGAUAAGAGCUACAUCCUUUACGACUUGAGCAGCAACAAGCAGCUCACGCAGGUCUUCACCGAUGCCGAACUGCUUUGCGGGGGAUUUCAUCCUGAUGGCCACCUGUUUGCUGCAGGCGGUCGGGAUGGCCAGAUCAAGGUGUUCGACGUCAAGAAUGGUGAGAGCAUGGCGACGUUCGAUGCAGGCGGACCUCUGCAAACAAUUGCCUUCUCCGAGAAUGGCACUUGGCUGGCGGCUGCAGUGCAGGGCCAGACGACAGUCCAGAUCUGGGAUCUGCGGAAGGCAGCGAGCAUCAAGACGCUGGACAUUGGCAGCACGGUGGAAAGCGUGCAGUGGGAUUACACGGGCCAGUUCCUUGCUGCGGCAGGCGCGGGCAGCGUUGCUGUGCAGCACUACGCAAAGGCGGGCAAGCAGUGGUCGGAGCCGUUCAGGAAAGCGAUCCCGGCGGCGGCGGUGGUGUGGGGAGCCUCGGCGCAGUCGCUCGUGGCGCUGACGGCCGAGGGAGGACUGGUGGAGCUGGGCUCAGCUUGA